AAAUGUAUAAUAUUUGCAACUCGCAGGGUAAGUUUUGAUUAGAUGACUCCUUAAAAAAUAAGGUUAGUUAGAACGCCACUACGGUCCUAGAGAAUUUACGAGGCUUAAAUAACAUAGUAUAGAAGUGCGAAAUCGAUUGAAAUUGAUUAAAAUAACACUAUAGUACAUUAGUUGUCUUCAUCGACUGGAAUGGAAUGGACGAUUAUUUAGAUGAACACUAUAUUAGAGAAUCUCUGAAAUUUGUUUUAGAAAAAUAUUACAAUGAAAAAGAUUACAAUUUCUUCAAUAAUCCCAAAGAAGAGAAGAAGUUAUUAGCGAAUUGGUUACCAUGGAAGAAUAAAUUGUCCCUGAAUUUAGUAAAUCUUUCAACUCCAGAUGAUGAGAGUGAAUUUGACAAGAAAGAAAAAGUACUUCGUAAUAAUCGGACAAAAUUUGGUUAUAUUGUAUCAAACUUUCAUAUCAUUCCAGCAAGAAGACACUUCAGACUAGAUGAAGCUUACACAAGUAGUGAAGAAUAUAUCAUUGACUUGAACACGGCCUUUCUUCAAGUUAAUGACAUGGCAGGAGAUGCCAUUUACUCUCUAGUAAAACAUAGAAGAGACUCGACAGAACGAAAUACAAUUAGAAGCACUAUAACAAAUCUCAUAUUUGUAUCUAUUUCAAUUUGGAUUACUUUCCCUAGCUUCAAAGAACCAACUAUUACAAAUGAUACGCCAAUUAUUUCAAGAAAUGAUCAUUUUAAGAAGUACUGCCAAAUUGAACCGAAAUUAAAAAAAUGUGAUGAUGACAAGUAUAUUUUAGAGAACUUGGAACAGGUUUCAAUUUCUAUCAGCAAUUUAAAGAAGAUAAGUAUCAAUAGACCUUAUUUCCCCAGAAAUUUAUUAGUUAACGUGCAAAAUAUUCUUGAAUUUAUAUCACUAAUAUAUUUGGAUCCUAUUAUUGAUUCAUGGAGUACUCGUGGUGGCGGUAAUAUAUGGAGUUGUCAAAUUGGAUAUGCAGAUUAUGCGAAUGAAUAUGCAGACUAUGGAGGUUCUCCAGAAAUACGCUUUAUUCAACUUUUGCAAGAACUGAAUAACAAAGGUAUACAACGAUGGAAUUACAAAGUUCCAAUGGAAAUUAAAAUUUCCGGCUUGAAAAAUUUAUUCACUGAGGGCAAACAUCUGGAAAAUGACUUAAAACAAGUGAUCAAUUUAUGCGGUUUUCAAAUGUUGUACCAUGAAACUACCAUCGCAUUUGUAGUGGAUAAGAAUUGUGUAUUAAUUGUUGAAAUAGACGAAACGAAUUUUGAGCAAGAAGUACAUAAAAAAUUCACCGAAGAUGAGGGUUUUGUCUUUGAAAUUAGUUUUAUGGUAAGAAUGCUAGAUCAUCAACUUGGUUAUUAUGGAAUUAAUACGAUCGUACUCACUGUAUUGAGUGAUGCAUUUAAAAAGUUCAAUGAAGGUCUGAUUGAGAAGAAAAGCUUGAACAGAUUAAAAAAAUCCUUGGUAUUGACUAAGAGCGAGAUGAAAAUAGAAACAAAGUUUCGAAAUCUGUUUGUUCGUGAUGUUUGGUUUGGCAAGUUCUCACAAUUAUUGAAAACUGGAGACCAAUAUGUCAGCGAUAUAAAUUCCAAUUUUAAGAUAUCUAUUCCACAAUACAAAUUCGCAAAAUCACUAAAAUAUAAAACUGAUGAACUUAAAAGGAGCGAUUUUGAAUAUGUACGUACACUACAAUCUGUAGGCUUAAAUGGAAUUGGUUUUUUUUCUGACAUUAUUAAAUUGAAGUACAUUUCUGGACCUAACAAGGGUGAAGAAGUAGUUCUAAAGGUCCUUAAUCCCGUUUGUUCUCCUAGCUUCUCUAAUCAACUUUUCCCCAGAGAUAAAUUUUUCAACACACUAUCAUAUGUCCUUGCAUUAUUUCUUUCCGAGUUACGAGCAUAUUUCAUUUUGAAUAGUUUUAGUUUUGACUUUUCGAACGAUGUGUCAAAUUAUGUUCCAAAGCUUUUCAAAUUUGGAUUCAUGGAUUGGAGCAGCAGCCGCAAAGGUAGUAAAAAUUGGUACAAAAACUUACAGGGCUUUUAUUUACUUCUAGAGUACAUCCCAAAUGUGGCGAAUGAGAUAGAUACAGAAGUACUUUUACAGGAAGCCAACAUUGCAAUCGAUGAUAUACAUCUUAAAGGAAUUCUUCAUGGUGCCAUUAAAUUUGAAAAAAUAGCAUAUCACAAAAUAAAAAAACAAGUAUAUUUUCUAGGAUUUGGACAUUCGACAACCAAUGGAUCUAUCAGGCAAGGAAUAGAGGAGUUUGAAGAAGCUAAGAAAAAGGAAAAAGAAGAGCUACAGGCUGUCAUAAAUCCCCACCAAAGUCCGGUAUUAAACAAUAGUGAUACUACACCCGAGCACGUAGUUCUUUCUCCAACGUCUUCAAUAGAAGACAAUUAGGCUAAUUAUAAUAAAUCGCUAAUUGUUGCAAAAUAUUCCAGUAAUAUACAGGAUUUGUCUAUGUCGUGUGGUAGCUUAAUUCUGACUGAACUCACUGUUCAGCUUAUAAGUCAGUAAAAUCUUGGAGCCCACCUCAGGUUCAAUACCAGGAUGAUACUAAAGAUAGAUUUUAGCUAAAUACUAGUUUUGCUUUCGUUAAAUCGGUUUCUUACUCUAUAUAUUACAUAAUUCAAUCUAGAUCUAAAUUUAUGUGGAUGCACAAUAUGUCUAAUUAUAGAAAGGUAUAUUGAUAGUCUUUUGUCCGCUUUAACUAACUAAUUUUCUAUAUUUAU